AAGACCUAUUCUCUCUGGCUGGACAUGUGGAAGGCUUAAGGACAAAGGCUUGGUGUACAAGACCAGUACUCAUCAGGGGAACAUCAAAGAUGGAAUGUCUGUUUUGAAUGGUUGCCCAUUCACUAACAACGAAACUUGUGCGAAAAGUGGUAUUGGACGCACUUGUCUCGGUGCCAGUGCAGCGCAGUCAAUAUCUCUUCAAACAUGUGAUGCAUUUCUUCAAAUUAAGCAUAACCCAGAAGAUGAAGAAUUCUUGCGUAAAAUGCAAUCAUACAUGAUAAAGGAACAUCGGCAGUUUCUUCAAGAUCUAGCAAAUUGCAGCCGAAUUCGUUUUAUAGCAAAUGAAAGCAAGUCUCCUCGUCUCAAAACAGCCUAUAAUGACUGUUUACAAUCAUUAUGGAAUUUCCGAAAUUCGCAUAUAUCUUUGGUGAACAGGUUCAUUAUUGAGCCAGCGAAGACAGAGGCAGCUAGGAUAAAAUCACUCAAGUCUGCUGGGACAGGUGGUCAGAAUUUGCGUGUUUUUCUUCAAAGAGUUCGAGAUGCCUCAUCGUCGUCGUCGGUAUGA